UCUGUAACUCUUAGCAAUAAAAAAAUUGUUAGGUUACAUAACAACUUUUGCCGUUUGCACUAACAAUUGUGUGAUUCUCUAACUCUUGCUUAACAGCGAAAAACAGCUGAUUAUUCCUUUUUAUUUAAAAUGAUGAAAUGUGGCAUCUCAGUCGAGAUAAAUGUCAAAUAUGCGAAAAGUACAAAGAGGAAUAAGAAAAAAAACUUAUUUCCUUCCCGCGGAAACGGAAUUUUUAGCGCCAGCAACGUAUUGCAAUUUUAAAAGGAUGUCUAUCCAGCCGACGAAAAGGAGCCGUGCAUCGGGGGAGCAGUUAAGCGCGAUGCUUGACUUUCUGGGUGAAAACCCGAAUGUGGCGAGCGGCAAGUUCCAGAAGCUCCAUGGCAAGUUGGAGAACACCAAGAAGUGGGCAGAGAUGGCAGAUAAAUUAAAUUCUCUUGGGGGGGCUGCCAAAUCUGUGGAGCAAUGGCAAAAUGUCUGGCGCGACCUAAAAAGUCGAACAUCGACGCGAGUUCGUGAUCGUAAGAGGGAGCAAGCAUUGACGGGGAAUAUACCGCUUCAACAGCCUCCCUUGAACGAAUUGGAGAAGCGGGUAAUAGCUCUAGUGGGAAGCAGCUAUAUGGAGGGGCAACCGGAUGUCCAGGAGAAUAUUCCCAUGGAAGAGGAACUGCAAUUAACAUUGGGGGCGGCGGAUGAAAAUUUCCGCUUAGUCAUGGAGGAAGACACCAUGGUAAUUCCUCCACUAACGGUGUCGGAUGGCGAGUCGGAAAUUCGGUGCGAAACUCCGAAAACGCCGAGGCAAACACCGCGCAGAACCGCUAAGCGGAAACGUGCGGAAGAAUCGCCAACAAAGGCGAAAUUUUUAAGAAUUGCCGAGGCACAGGCCGAAUCAGAAAAGGUAAUUUUUUCAAUAUUGUAUUUGUAUUGAAUUAUUAAUAAAACUUUUAUUUUCUUAGAAGCUUGCUGAAA